AUGCAUCUAACAUCCGCCACGGCAUCCCAAUGUACAAUGAUAUUUGUACCCACAAAUAAGGAAUUGAAAGAGAAAAGACGUGCUGCCAAUGGGAGAGGCUCCAUAAUGGAAAAGGUUGAAGAAAUAGUGGAAAAGUUAUAUUGGAUGUAUUACAUUCAUUUGCCAUACUAUCUAAUGACGUCCUUUGAUUCAUUCUGUCUCCAUCUUUUUUUUCUAACGAUAUUCAGUCUUAGUGUAUUUGCUGUGAUUAAAUACAUCUUCCUUUGA